GUAAUAAUUUUUAGUGAGAAAAAAAAAUUUCCUGAAGAAGAAAUAGAUGAAGCGGUUGGACUAAAAUUUUGGAAAAAACGCCGUAACGUUGUUGCAAUGUUGGCGUUUUUUGGAUUUUUUAUUUCUUAUCUCCUAAGAGUUAAUUUGAGUAUUGCAAUUGUUGCAAUGACGACAAGUUCAUUUGGAAAUAAGGCAGAGUUCAACUGGGACUCAAAGCUUCAAGGAUUUAUUCUCAGUUCAUUUUUUUACGGAUAUUUAAGCACGCAACUAUUAGGUGGGUGCUUAAGUGCACGUAUUGGUGGUAAAAAAGUGUUUGGAAUAGGACUGGGAGUCACUGCACUAUUGACAUUUAUGACACCACCCUUAACAAGAAUGAGUGUUUACCUUCUGAUUAGCUUACGAAUAGCUGAAGGAAUAUUUGAGGGUGUAACGUACCCGGCUAUUCAAUCCAUGUGGGCUAACUGGAUUCCGCCAGCCGAGAGAUCACAACUAUCGGCCUUCGCAGUCUCAGGUAGUACCUUCGGUGCAGUUUUCUCAAUGUCAACAUGUGGAAUCAUGGCCGAGCGUUUGGGUUGGCCAUCAGUUUUUUACAUUAGUGGAGCUUUAGGCUUGAUUUGGUUCACUCUGUGGUGCUAUAUUGUCACCGACAAACCAGAAAAUGAUCCUCAUAUUUCACAAUCUGAACUCAAUUAUAUAAAAAAAUCACUUGGUCAUAAUAGUGAUCUGCAAAAGCUAGAGAAAAUUUCUCAUCCAUGGAAGUCAGUUUUUAAAUCACUACCCGUUUGGGCGAUUUUUGCUGCGGGUUUAAGUGAGGCUUGGGGUUUUUAUACAUUGCUAACUCAAUUGCCGAAGUUCAUGAAUGAUGUUCUAAGCAUGAAGCUUGAGAAUACAGGGCUCCUCUCAGCAGUGCCUUAUCUUAUUUUGUCAAUCGUUGCAUUAUUUUUUGGUCAUACAGCUGAUUACUUACGUUCAAGAAAAAUUUUAACUACUACAAAUGUACGAAAAUUAUUCACCUGCAGUGCUUUUUUAAGUCAAACAAUAUUUAUGAUAUUGGCUGGAUUUUCAUCUACCUCAACGAGCGCUAUUAUUUGUUUAUCUGUUGCUGUUGGUCUUGGAGGCAUCGCUUGGUCGGGAUUUGGGGUGAACCCUUUGGACAUCGCACCACAACAUGCAUGCAUUAUCAUAGGAAUUGGAAAUACUAUUGGUACUCUUCCUGGUAUCUUCAGUCCUAUAGUUACUGGUUACAUUGUUACAAACGGAACGGCCAGCGAGUGGAGGAUCGUUUUUAUGAUAGCCGGGGCAGUUUAUUUAAUUGGAAUUAUAGUUUAUGGUCUUUGUGCGUCAGGUGAACAACAGAAAUGGGCCCUUGAGAAAAAAAAUGACGACUUGAAAGCAUACACCAAUCAAGCAUUAGAUCUUCCUUGUUAAUGAAACAGAAAAAAAUUCAUAAAUGAAUUCAUUUAUAUUCUAAUUGUGUAAAGUUGUGAUAAUAUUGAUAAU